UUUUAGCUGGAAUAUCAAGCUAGUCAGUCGCUUCAUUAAUAUUUAACAUUUAGUCAGUUUUACGUGGUCCAGCUGAAUAAGGUUUACAUAAACAAGGCCUAGUAAAUGUCUUGGUUUAGUCAAAGUCUCUUAAACUACAUUUCCCAGUUUUCCCUCAGCUGUCCGGUGAUACGACGUGUCGUAAAAAUUUAGUUAACAACAGCAGAAACCGAGAUGGACAUCACGAAAGACGCUUGACAGUUUCUGACUUUAUCCUUGUUUGUAAUCGAAAAUGUUUAUCUAGUGAGGUCAGGCUUCGGUACACAGGGCUGGGUGUGACAAUGGAGGCUAUGGACGAUGACAGUUUGGACAUAAAAGACGACCAUAACCACAACAUUUGUGUGAGCAGCAGCGGUAAAGUCCGCCCGUAUCUCGGAAGCCAGCUGUCGGAUGCAACUACGGUCCCGCAGCCCGUCUGUUUACCGGUGCCGGCAGGAGAACCGGGAACUCGACGACGGAACGUGUGGUCUGGUAGCACCGGGGGAUCAAAGUUUAUGGACUCGGAUUCAGGCAGUGAAAGCAGCGAAGUCAGCGAGACGGACUGCACGGCUCCGCCAGUCGCUGUCGAGGGAAAAUUCACCCUCGACUCUACUUCCAAGUUCCUUCUCAAUGCAAUGGCUGUAGAGGAGUACCGGAAAAACCACUGGCCAAACCUUGAGAAGGCAAUCGACCGUUUGCUGAUUCAAAAUCCCACAGACCACAUCUCUGUUUCUUAUGCACAGAUAUACAGUUACGUCUACAAGUGUGUUUGUCAGCAACAUUCUGAGCUGCUCUACAAUGAUUUGACAUUAAAAAUAACAAGUCAUCUGCAACAGGUUUCCUCCCAUCUACAAGCCAGCCCACCUGAGAACUUUAUUGAGAACUUCAAUGUUGUGCUGACGCAAUACACGGCAUCUCUUCAAUGUAUAGUUCCUGUAUUUAUGUACUUGAACAAGUUCUACAUCGAGUCAAAACUCAACAGAGACCUAAGAGAGGAUCUGAUGAAGCUGUUUGCUGAUCAUGUCGCAGAAAAACAUGUGAACACACUGAUGCCUCUUCUCAUCAAAGCUCAUUCCAUGCCCUUUCAAGUGCAGCCAUCUACAAUGGCCAGUGUGGUUAAAGGCCUCUACAGCCUCCGACCAGAUUGGGCCCAGUUAGCCCCGGCUCUUUUCUCUGGGUUUAUUCCCCAAAUCAACCCUCCUGCUGUGGAGUCUCUGCUGCCUGACUACGCCGCUCAUGACCAGAAGUUACAGAUGGAGCUCUCCAUGAACGGAUUUCCACGGUCAGUUUUCUGAGGCUUUCACCACUAGUCAGUGAGCGAACUAUACCAUGGUUUUUAACAGGGGCGACCAGUCUCGCAAACGGGCCAGCGAUGACUCCUGAUAGCAGAGCUGCCGUCACCGGAUUUGUUGCAGAACUUUAGCUAUGCCUGCCGCAUCUUUAUCACAAGUUGGCUCACUGCACUAGGUGCAAUGUUGACAAAGUGUCAGUUUCAUCUCUUGUCGACUCAAGGUCACAAAAAACACUGUGAACAACAAAGACAAUAUGAUGUUGAGCUGUUGAGCAGAUACUUAAUCUCACUGCACUAAAGAAAAAAGAAAAAGCACACAGACUUCCAUUAUGGUGCUUUCCUCUGUGUUAUGACGCAUCCAGCUUUAGUAUUUGUGGGAUGCUGCUGUGUACGCAGAGAUGAUUUUCCUCACGCUCUCCUCAUUUGAAGAGUGCCUUCAGUUGUGUCUGUUCUGUAUCCUAACGAGGGAUAGGCUGACGAUGGGUAUUUCAUUCCUUAACCUUUAACAUGGAAGUGUCUUUUUUUUUUUUUGAUAGACUGGGCUAAUCAAGACUUUCUAUUGCUGCUAAUAAUACUGUCCACAUGAUAAUACUACAAAUCCCUUGGCAUCACCCACUGUGUCUGUAACCCGGUGGCUUCACUCAACACAAAUGUGUGUGGAAAGACAUGAGAACAAGAGGGGCUAAGUCAUUGACCUCAAAUAUGAUUCUCUUCUUCGUGUUGCCUUUACUGUGUUGGCAAACCGGACUGUAUUUUCCUGUUACGCCAAAGAGGAUUUGCAGAAGUUGUUUUUUUUGUCUUUUAUAUAUGAUGCAUUGGAUUUGAGUUGACAUUGUUAAUGUUGUAUGCUGUCUGAGUCACUGAGCCAUUUAAUUUUUUUUAUACUAACGAGUUUUGAGCUUUGGUCGAACCAUUUGUUUGUUAGGUUCAGGUCAACUUUAAAUGUCACCUGUCUGUUUUAGCCUUGCAUGUAGGAUUGGCAGGGUUUGCCAUGUAGGACAUUACACUGUUCGUCAGAGAGCUUAGAUAACAAUACAAUGGUGUUGACAAUUUGAUUUCAGUUUGUUUGACAACUUUCCUUUAUCAUCCCUAAACUGUAAAUAUAUUAAACCUGAUGCUUGAUGGAUUAUACAAAAUGAAUGAUAUGCAAUUAUUGUUUGGCCUGAGUCUGGCAUACUCCUGUGUUCAAUGUUCCUAUCAUGUAUAGCCUGUUCAUGAUGUAAAUGUUUUUUUUGUCUUUGCAUAUAGUGGUCAGUGUACACUAAUGUUUGUCACAGAUGCAUUUUUUGUUAAAUGAUCCACUUGACAAGAAGUAUUUGAUACAAGGUCUUACACUGUUUUAAGUGUAAAUGGAUGCUCAGGCUUGCUUUUUGUUUCCAUCUGUGGGUCUAUGAAAUGGUUCUCAUUCUCUUUCAAAUAAACUAAUUUCAUUAAUCAUGGGA